UUGUGGUAUGCAUUCUACGACCAACCGGAACAAGCCCGCUUUGAUCAGCAUUUAAAUACCUCAACAAAGCCAGUAAGUGUCAGUCCCCUUAAAAAUGAACCGAAUUUUCGGACGGAGCAAACAAACGCCUACUCCUAACCUUUCUGACUGCAUAGGCAAUGUGGAUACGAGGGUCGAGUCAAUCGAUAAGAAAAUAGCGAGAAUCGACGCAGAGCUAAUGAAGUAUAAGGACCAGAUGAAAAAGAUGAGGGAUGGACCCUCAAAAAAUGCAGUAAAACAGAAGGCGAUGAGAGUGCUGAAACAAAAGAGAAUGUAUGAAGGUCAAAGAGAUCAGCUUUCCCAACAGUCAUUUAACAUGGAACAAGCCAACUAUACAAUCCAGUCUUUAAGGGACACAAAAACAACAGUGGAGGCUAUGAAGAUUGGAGCAAAAGAAAUGAAGAAAGCAUAUAAACAAGUGAAAAUGGAUCAAAUUGAAGACCUGCAGGAUCAGCUGGAAGACAUGAUGGAAGAGGCCAACGAGGUGCAGGAAGCUCUCAGUCGCAGCUAUGGCACGCCAGAGAUCGAUGAAGAUGAACUAGAAGCAGAGCUGGAUGCUCUGGGAGAUGAGUUACUGCUGGAUGAUGACAGCUCUUACUUAGAUGAAGCAUCAUCUGCGCCCUCCAUUCCUGAAGGAAUGCCCAGCGACACUAAAACCAAUAAGGACGGCGUUCUGGUGGAUGAGUUUGGUCUACCACAGAUCCCUGCCACAUAAGAAUCUGUUCUCGGAUCAGCGUUUCGUCUACAGCUGGUGGAGGAAGUUUGUCUUCUGCUGAUGAUAUUGAACAUGUCGUGUUGUAUUGAUUGCCCAGUCUAGCACAUGGCAUUGUAACUUCAGUUUAAUGUUUAACAUGAUCGCUUGAAGCGUGAUUUUCCAGGUUUAUUUUGAAUUUGGUCAUGUAAACAUGAUAUUCAUAAGCCCGUAAAUUCAGACAAGAUUGCAGUUUUUAGAUAUCCUUGUAAAACUCCUGACAUAUCCCUACAUUAAUCAGAAUUGUGGAUCACCCUCUUUCUAUUAUAUCUGAACAUAACUUUAUAUUAAUGCAUGUCCAAACAAAAAUAAUUCUGGAUUUUUAUGAGAUACAAACAGUUGCGUAAAGUUUUUUUAAUUUAUUUUUAGAGCAUGAAGAUUUUUUUCUCCCCAAAAAACAUUACACCUAUUAAAACAUCUUAUUACAUAUUAAUUUAUUAAUUAUAUUAAUUUCAUAUUAUUCUUAAUAUUAAUUUUAAAUAUGACAAUUAAUAUAUUGCUUAUGCUCUUGUCAAGAUGGAGUGUGUCUUGCUUUACUCUGGACUCUGAAGCUUGUUGACAGAAUUGUUGAUACUGAUCAGGUAUUUCAAGUUUCAUGGUUCUGGGUAGCAUGGAUGAAAAGCCUUUUGUGUGGAGCAGCCAUCAGAUAGUCCUAAUAUUGCUUGGAUUAUUAAAAUGACCUGUUUUUCUUAUAACAAACUUCAAUAUUUGUUAUACAUCAAGAUCUGAAAUAUUCAGAAGUGUAAAAUGCAUCAAUGGAGUCUGUAAGAGAUGCAAUAAAUGUUGAUAAUUGAAAA